AUGUUUUGUGAGAAGCCGACAGCCAUAUCCCUGAUUCAUGAGUUAGGGCACGGGCUGCCUAACGUCGUGAACUUCAAUCUGGGUGGUCUUGCCACUGGCACCAAAGUUCUCCCGGAUACCCCAGGAUAUACAUUCUUCAACGAGAGAAGAGUCAAUUGUCUCUUCGAUAGGCGAAUUGAAAAGGGAAUAUCCUCACUCAGCAGACUACUCGGAAUUCUCGGAACCGGAAACACAUUUGAGUCGCAUCCAUGCGUUCCCACAGGACAGGUCGCUGCAAAAGUUAUGCCGGAUGGUUUCAUAUCACGUCCUAGCUCAUCCAAUGAGACAAAGGAAUCAGAAAUGACGAACAUCUUCACCAGCGUCCAAUUUGAAUACCACAAUGGAUAUAUUUCAAAGCCAUACUUUGAGACACGUCUGUGCGUUAUAAAUCCUGAGUCGCCGAAAACGCUAGGCUCACAUCGACCUAACUUUGAGCCUAAUGUAUUGGCGAGUUCGCGCGGGUUUACAAAUAUCACCAUUGACACUGGAAUGUGCAUGUUCUCGAGAGCCAGGCUCGUGGCACCCACGAAAGAUGACGAAUCAGGGGUCCCUUUUACAAAUGAAGCACUAAUUCCGCCAUUACCUAAAAGCAUUGACCCGACGAUGUACGAGCUCGAGAUUAUUGCAAGACUGUCAGCCACUAUUGCUGAUAUAGUCGGUCGUCUCGAAAGUCAAGACACUGGAGUUAUCGUCAACAUAGAUAUACCGGACUUUCAAUAUUAUUGGAAAGCUUGCAGUCUUCUUCAGAAGGGAUUGGUAGACGGUGAUUACGUGCAAACGUGGAUGGGUGCAAUGGACUUAAGAAAGAGCCAGCUCGGCGCCGUGAUGACCGAAAUGAUCCGAUCGGCAAUGGACGACCGAGGUCUUGUUGGUUUGAACGUUCAGGUACAAGUCAACUCCGGAACCGAGGAGGCCACUAAAAUAUUCAAGAUGAAGACUGUUACAGGAAGCGUACAAACCGUCGAAGACGUGAUUGAUGCGUUGACAUCUAAAGGGCCCGAAGCUGCAAAAUGGAGGGCGUUUUUGAGCGCUGCGCCUGCGCAAGAUCAGCCCUCAACAAUGGAUGAGCUGGGAAAGCUGGUGUAUGUAUUCAAAACUGUCAAGUCUGUGUUGACACUAGGCACUGCUUCAAUACCGACUAGUCGUGUUGCGACUGCUGUAGGGAGAAGUCUUAUUGUCCAAGUCAACGACGUUACAGACUGGAGGAUUUUUGAUAGGGCGAAGACGUUUCUAAAAAGGUAUUCGAAAAUUUCUGGCGUCUGUUUGAAUGAGACUAUCAUCGUCGGCGUUUUCCCUUUGCAGAAGAUCUUUCUUACUGGACCUGGUCGAUCGAAUUUAUAUGACCACCAAUCAUCGCGCGAAUAUUUAAAUCAAGAGAAGCGCUGUCACCUGCUUGAUUGUCUGGACAUCAUAGAACAAGUCCAUGGAACGAAUGUGGCCCGGCAACUGCGGCACUCAGUUUACAUGGUCUUCCUUCACGAUGAAAGGUUUUAUGGGCAUAUUCGAGCGGCGAGCCGUAAUGGUUGUUCUGAACCUGGUCAGGAAGUCCGUGCCUGUAUUUGCAAAGACCGAUGGCCAGUUGAGGAAAGUGUUCGCAGAUUUACUCCAAGAGUUAAAUAA